CUAAAUUUUGGAACAAAGUAAGGCCAAAACGACCAAACCUAUCUCCCCUAUAAUCGGAAGAACAAAUACCCCAAAUUGAGUAAAACCCACCUCAAGAUCCUUCUCAUAUCUCCUUCAAUUACUUUCGUGAACAUUUCCAUCAACAAAUCCAAAUUUUUUUCAAAUUGGAUAUAACACAUUGUAAUGAACACCUUGUUCUUCCAAAUAUCUUCAUCAUUUUUGCUGAAAUCAUCUCGUUCAAUUUCAUCAUCUUCUUAUACAUUUUAUGGGUUUAGAUAUUGUUCAAAUUUACCUUGGAAAAGCCGCAUUAAUUACCCAUAUAUUGAAUCCUUGAAAUCUGGGUCAUCAUCAUCUGUAUUAGCAAGGUUAAGUGCUUUUAAGUGCUAUUCUUCUAAGAAAAAAUCUCCUCAGAAACGAAAACUAGACCCUGAAGUUGUUGUAAUGGAGGAAGAUGAUAAGGAAAAGGAGGGUUUCUUUGUUGUUCGUAAAGGGGAUAUUAUUGGGGUUUACAAGAAUUUCAAUGCAUGCCAAGCUCAAGUUGGCUCUUCGAUAACUGACCCUCCUGUUAGUGUAUAUAAAGGAUUUUCUUUGCCUAAAGAUGCUGAGGAAUAUCUUGCUAGCCACGGGCUUUCGAAUGCUCUCUAUACCAUCAAAGCUUCUGAUUUGAAAGAUGAUAUUUUUGGCACACUUGUCCCUUGCCCUUUUGUGGAACCUGGAUCUUUGAGAGAUGAAACUUCCAACAUAGAAUUGCCACAGAAAAGGCCUCAUGGUGUUUUAGGAUCAGAAAAUCAGGGAUCUUUAGAGUUACAGUCAACUACCUCUGGAUCAUUGAACAAGCUGCAGAAGCUAAAUCACGUGCCUUCGGAUAGUUGUUCCUGUAUUCUUCACUUCGAUGGUGCUUCAAAAGGAAAUCCAGGACCAGCUGGUGCCGGAGUUGUGCUUCGAACUCUUGAUGGAGCCCUGAUAUGUAGGUUACGUCAAGGCUUAGGAACUACUACCAAUAAUGCUGCUGAAUAUCAUGCCAUUAUUUUAGGAUUAAAGAAAGCUCUUGAGAUGGGUUAUUCAAGUAUUAAAGCGAUGGGUGACAGCAAACUUGUCUGCAUGCAGCUUCAGGGUUUAUGGAAAGUGAAGCAUCAAAAGAUGUCUGAGUUGCAUGAAGAGGCAAUGAAACUGAAACAGCAGCUUUCUUCUUUCGAGAUCACUCAUGUUUUAAGGCACCUGAACUCUGAUGCUGAUGCCGAAGCAAACUUAGGUGUCUCUUUAGCCGAUGGUCAAAUGCAGGAGGUUUUCGAGUAGCAGAAAUGCCGGGUGCAUCAUUCCUUUUCGACUUCCCAUCUCUUGCCAACAGUAGAAAGAUUGAAACAUCACAUACAGCUGCAAAUGUGCUGAAUUUCCUUUUCAGGCAAUAUAAAGAUCCAUCAAAACCGCAACAUUUAACUCCAUAGUUACCUGUAAUCGGAAGAUCACUUGAUGUACACAACAAAGCUGGGUAUAGAGAAACAAAUCUGGAUGGUCGGAAGGAGUUUUAGGUGUCGAAAGUGUCAUUAAAAGCAAAUAGAAGCAAGGCUCAUAACCCUUUCUGGGCUUCCCCAGUUUAUUCAACAAUCAUAUGAUUUUGUACUAAUUAUUCGAAUCUACCCGAUGUCCUAUUUCUACAGCUUACAGCUAUAGAAGCCGGCUUUCGGCUGGUUUAUAAUCAAAUUUUUUUGAAGAUGAUAUAGCCAUCUUAAAUAUUUUUGUGACUCAGACUAUCAAACAAGUAUUUUAUUCUCUUGAUAUGUCUAUUUGCUUACUCACAA